CUAGGGAAAUAAUAAGCAGUGACAUCACUCAUGUACAAUCUGAACUGACUGCAUUUUAAUAUUUGAACCUUUAGCAGUACCUGAUCUGUACGAAGAGUCAGCUCAGAUAUGAGAGCUGCUUCAGACGAGCCGUAACGACACAAAUCUCAUUUAUCAACCAGUAAAAUACAAAGAAGACACGUGGACAUUUAGCUGAGGACAGUCCCUGUUUCUGAUGUCCUCACAAGUUAAUAACAGUCUGUAAAUUCUGUGUGAGGAUUAUUUAGUGUGUAUCUGUGACAGCAUCAAUAUGCGUUCAUAAGAAAUUCAAAAUACUCACAUUCAAGAAUCAUUUUGAAGAUGACUCUCAGGUUGUUGUGUGUUUAAAUACUGAGUGUGGGAAUCAAAUGUAUUUAACAAAUAAAAAUGUCAGUAAACUGCUUUUCAGUGACUCCACCAUGACUCACUACAGCCGCCCACACUAAGACCAGUCAGGACAGAAAUAUAAAUUCAACUUACACUUAUAUCACUAUCAUAUGAACAUGCAGCUUUAAAACUGAAAUGACACAAUUUAAAGAACAGAAACAACUACACAUAAAGUUUUAAAAGGCUGGAAAAUUACAACAAUAAAACAAUAAAAUAGUUUAAAAUUCAAAAAACAAAAAUAAACUAUAAUUAAGAAUAAAUAAAUGAAAAUAAACAGCUGUGAUAAAAUAAAGUAAAAACAAAUUAUUACAUCAAAUUAGGACUGUGAAGUUAAAAAUAACUUUAGUCAUUAUAAACAUGUAGCGGAGCACCUCAGGGCACAGAGAGUGAAAUAACAUCUUUUAGUUUUGGAGGAACAAACAUUUAAAGUUUUAUAAACAUGUAAAACAACUUGAAACUCAUUUCUGCACAGCUGACUACGUUUCCCACUAACCCCCGCGGCACGUGUGACGAGCUACGUCAUGGCACUCCCAGCUUCCGGUAGAAGUGUAGAUGGAUCCAUGACACAGUUGUUUGGAGGAAAGCUGUGUGUUGUUUUAACGGAAAGCCGUUAACGUCCAGUUAGCUCCCGUAGCGCGGUGUUGUGAGCUCGUAGCGGCCGGCAGACGGACACAUGGAGGCGGUUCCCCGGAUGCCGAUGAUCUGGUUGGAUCUGAAGGAGGCAGGAGACUUCCAGUUCAGUCCGUCCGUCAGGCAGGUGAGCUGGGUGGGGAGAGACCGACACAGGGCAGCCAAAGGUCAGCCUGACAGCGUGCAGGAGGCCUUGAGAUUCACCAUGGACGUGAUCGGAGGAAAGUUUAAUUCAGCCAAAAAGGACAAUGACUUCAUCUAUCAUGAGACGGUUCCUUCUCUGGAGACUCUGGCCUCAGUCAAAGGUGCCCCACUGGUGAAAGCUCUCCCAGUUAACCCCACUGACCCCACCGUUACUGGACCCGACCUGUUUGCCAAGCUGGUCCCGAUGGCUGCACAUGAAGCGUCCUCGUUGUACAGUGAGGAAAAGGCCAAGCUGCUGAGAGACGUCAUGGUCAAGAUCGAGAGCAAGAACGAAACACUGGAGCAGUUCAUGGACUCUCUGGGUUUGGAGCCAGAGUCGGUGGAUAACCUGGACUUGUACAGUCACAUCCCUCCGGUCCUGAUGGAGAAGUGUGCUGCUCUUAGCGUCCGACCAGACACCGUCAAGAGCCUCAUCCAGUCCAUGCAGGGACUCUCUGGUGUCUUCACUGAUGUGGAGUCUUCACUGAAGGAGAUCAGAGAUGUCCUGGAGGCAGACGAGGCCGGCCAGCGGGCCCUUCAGGAGGUUGGCGGCCCCGCUGCAGGCGAGGUGCACCCGGCGGCUCAGGCCCAGGCUCUGGCUGAGGUCCGCAGGGACCUGGAGAAAUACAUGGAGGCCCACGAGAAGGCCAGCUUCACCAACACGGAGCUCCACCGGGCCAUGAACCUGCACAUCAGCAACCUGCGUCUGCUGGGGGGGCCGCUGGACAGUCUGAAGGAGGCCCUUCCCCGCCCCAAGCUCAGCGAAGAGGAGGUAGCAGGGCUGCAGUGUAUGAAGCGGAUCCUGGGGAAGGUUCAGGAAAUGAGGGAACAGAGAGCCUCUUUGGAGAAACAGCUCCGUGACCUCAUCCAGCAGGACGACAUCACCUCCACCCUCGUCACCACAGAGCGGGCGGACAUGAAGCGUAUAUUUGAGGAGCAGCUGAAGAAGUAUGAGCAGGUGAAGGUGUACAUCGACCAGAACCUGGCAGCUCAAGAGAACAUCCUGAAGGCCCUGACGGAGGCCAACGUCCAGUACGCCUCGGUGCGUAAGGGCCUGAGCCAGACGGAGCAGCAGUGGAACAGCACGGUCCAGGGCCUGGUGGGCUCGUACGAAGCCUAUGAGGACCUGAUGAAGAAGUCUCAGGAGGGGAAGGAAUUCUACGACGACUUGGAGGCCAAAGCAUCGCGUCUGCUGGAGAGAGCCAAGACUCUGUGUCAGAGCAGGGCCGAGGAGAGGAGGCCGAUCCUGGAGAAAGAGAGUCAGAAGAAGCCUCCAGCUCGGCCCACAGCUGCCAAGCCUACCUUAAAGCCAAAGUCUUCUGACGUGGACUCGGCCUGUUCCAGCCUUGAGGACCCAGAGUUGGCCCAGCUCAGUGCGGCCAUCUUGGCGUUGGGGGGCGACCUCCCCGAGGAGCUCCGCAGCCUCCCUCCUGACAUUCCCUCCUUCCCCACAGCCGCAGCUCGCCUGCCCGGUCCUGAAGCCUUCAUCCCCCCUCCUGGCAGCGGCUCUCUGCCGUGGCCCGCUGCUCCUGCCGCCGCCCUCCCCCGCUUCCCCGCCAACCUCCCCCCUCCAGAGCUGCUUGCACGCAUCGCUCAGUUUCCUACAGCCGGGCCUCUGCCCCGCCCACCCCUCCCUCAGAUCAACCCACAGAUACCUCCACAGUUACCCCCCCAGGCAGUUGUGUCAGGUUAUCGGCCCCCCCCUCCUCAAGCCCCCCAGCCUGCCCUGCACCCACAGCUGCCUCCAGCCUCUCAGCCUCACAUGGUCCACCUGCCCCCACAGCACCACCCCCACCCUGGGCAGCCUCCACUCCCAAACAUGCCCCAGCAGCCAAUGAGGAUGCCCAGCCAGACGCAGGCUCCGCCCCCUCACUCUGGGGGAGUGUGUUACCCUGCGGGGGCUCCUCUGAUGCCUCAGCAGCCUCUGGCUCCGCAGCCUGCAGCUCCUCAACAACCUGCGGCUCCUCUCCCGAUGAGCCACGCCCCCCAGCCCUCUGCUCUGUACCCCCCUGCUCCUGGAGCUAACGGACCUCCCACUGCCCCCCAGCAGCCCGCCGCCAUGGGCACCCACGGUCCACACAUGAUCCAGCCCUCUCCUUCAGCUGCCCCACCGCCAAACGCUGUCCCUCCUUCCCCUUCACCGUCCCCCUCCCCAUCUCCCUCCCCAGGCCCCUCCUCUCUGAGUCUGAACCCCCAGCAGAGACCCACAGCUGCCCCCACCCCUGGAGGUACGGCUCCACCCACUCUUCCAUCUCCAUCUGCCGUCUCUCCCUCCACGUCGCUGUUUCAGCGCCAGAAUUCGAGCACAGAUGACCUCCUCUCGUCGAGCCCUGAGAGCCAACCAGGAGGCACCAAGGCCCCCACCAACGUCCUCCAGCCCACCAAAGCCGACCCCCAGGAUGGCGAGCGGCGGAAGAAGAGCUCCCAGGGCGUUCUCCUGAUCCAGGGUGACCCGUACCAGGCACCAGAGCGUGUGGCCCGUCUUCAUGGUGACCUGGAACGUUACAGAGCGCAGGUGGAUUCCCUGGAGCAGCCGUCAGAGAGUGAGGGCGGCCUGUCGGUGCUGGACGCUCGCUGGAAGGAGCUCCAGGAUCAGCAGGAGAAGGAUGCACGCCAACUGUCCAUCGCCAUUGCCCGCUGCUACACCAUGAAGAACCGUCACCAGGACGUCAUGCCCUAUGACCUGAACCGCGUGGUACUGCAGUCCGGCAAAGACGACUACAUCAACGCCAGUUAUGUGGAGGACCUGUCGCCGUACUGCCCACGUCUCAUCGCCACGCAGGCUCCGCUCACCGGCACGGCCGCCGACUUCUGGCUGAUGGUGUACGAGCAGAAGGUGUCGCUGGUGGUCAUGCUGGUUUCAGAACAGGAACUGGAAAAGGGAAAGGUUGUUCGCUACUUCCCAACGGAGCGCGGCCAGCAGCUCUCUCAGGGACCAAUCACACUCAGCCUCACCACGCAAAAGAUGACGCCGACUCAUGUGGAGCGCAUGAUCAGCCUGCAGUACCGUGACCAGAGCCUGAAGCGCACCGUCGUCCAUCUGCAGUUCACCUCUUGGCCCGAGCUAGGUCUUCCUGACAGCAAGAGCAGCCUGCUGAGAUUCAUCCAGGAAGUUCAUGGACACUACCUCCACCAGAGGCCCCUACACACACCUGUGGUGGUGCACUGCAGCUCGGGCGUGGGACGUACCGGCGCUUUCUGUCUGCUGUACGCGGCGCUGCAGGAACUGGAGGCAGGAAACGGGAUCCCAGACCUCCCAGUGCUGGUGAAGAAGAUGAGACAGCAGAGGAAGAACAUGCUGCAGGAGAAGCUCCACCUGAAGUUCUGCUAUGAGGCCGUGUUGAAGCACGCUGAGCACGUCCUUCAGAGACAUGGCAUCUCCACUGCCACCGCCGCCUGCAGCAGGAACACCAACUCUGCAGCCACAAAGCCUUACUCGAGACAGGAGUCCCAGCAGGACAUUGUCCUUGGCGGCGAUAUGCCCAUCAGCUCGAUCCAAGCCACCAUCGCCAAGCUGAGCAUCCGGCCGCCCAGCGCCACAGACCCCACCAUGGAGGAGCAGGCGGGCACCGUCUUUCCCAGCCUGGACUCUCUGGGUGACGUCCAGCAGCUGCAGGACCCCUCUCCCCCCGCAGACCCCGCCUCGUCUUUCAGCCCACCCCUCAGCUCCCCUGCCCACUCUCCACCCCCACCACCACCCAACGGUGUGGACACUACCUCCCCCUCAACGCCACCAGCCGCCAACCACCAGCCGGUCCUGGAGGCUGCGCCCAGCGUCAGCCCGCCUCCUGCCUCUUCUGCUCCGGCGCCUUCGUCCCUGGAGCUGCUGGCCUCUCUGGCGCCUGAGGCCUUCUCCAUGGAGGGAGGUGGCAAAGGGAAGCAGCGUGUGACCAAGCAGAGCUUCCUGCAGCCGGCGGAGGGUCAGGGUCUCCAUGGGACUCGAGCGGAGGAAGGGGACGACCCACUCAGCAGCCUGGACCCACUCUGGAGCCUCAGCAAGCGCUGAGACAAGUCGCCGACUUCACCGCCAGGUGUCAGCGAAGGCCUGUAGCUGUCAUGUGAGUCACAUGUUAGUGGUGAUGAUGUCACGAUGUGCCUGGUGACGGACGGUAGGCUGACGUUUGAUCUUCUUCUGGGACCAGAACACUAUGCACUGUCGCUCUGCUGCUUCUCUGUCUGCACUCCCACCUGGACUCCCAGCAUGCACUGCUCUCCCACAGGGUGUCUGAUGGACAGCUGUAACUCAAUCAGUCGUCAUGGUAACACGGAGCAGCACGUCCUCAUUUCUGUUUCUGCAUCUCUGUAAAUAACUGAAAUAAUCCAGGUGUCACUAAUCAGCCGCCAUUAUUGUACAAAUCUGAAUAAAUCCACAGACGGACGACA